AUGCCGUUGAUGCUCGAUCCUGGAAGCCCUAGCAGCUCGUCAACAAGCAGCAAAAGACUUUCGCAUUUCACCAUCGGCUCCGUCAGUGUUGACGAUGUCCGCCGCAUUGUUGACAUAGAAUUCCACGCUUUUGAGGACGAACGGACCAACCAGCAGCUCUCGUUCAGAGACUACCAGAAGCCCGAGCAUUUCGAACGAUCCGUCAACAUAUAUACCAAUAUUCUGACUGCCGCGCAAAGAAGAGAUACCGGUUUGGGUGGCAAGCAAGCCCAGGUCUACUGCGAUGAGGCGUUGCGGCAUAAUUACGUCAAGUUCUACAAGGUGGAAGACACGGAGUCAGAAGAUGUCGUCUCGUUCGCGAAGAUGGAGGUUAAGACGUACACUGUUGACGAGCUUCUCUCACCUGCAGAUACUGGACAUGAACGAGAGCCUAAAAUGAAUAGGGAUUGGUUUGCCCUCAACGAGAGAAUGCGGAGGAGCUACGUCGGCCUUACGAAGCAUUGCUAUAUCGCCAUGCUUGCGACGGAGCCGUGCUAUCAGCAUAACGGUGCAGGGACCAUGCUCCUGAAGACCAUGCUCUCUGAGGCCGACGAUGCGGGUAUUGAAGUCUACCUCGAAGGCACAGAUACCGCCAAGGCGCUGUACGAGAAGCACGGCUUUGUCGCCGUCAAUGAGAUUCGCUUCGACCCUGCGGAGUACGGCCAACAUGAUAUUGGGAAGGAGCGUCAAACAAUAAUGGUACGUGGAGCUUUAGCCAAGAAUGGCGCGAGGCGAGAUGUGCGGGCGUGGUCCUUAGCCGCGGCGCAAGCACAGGCGGAGUGUAAAGCAAACAUCGGUUCCAGGUAA